AUGACGUUCAUUACACUGAAGUAUUCCAGGCCUGGGGCCUGUAUUUGUCCAUCUGGCUCCAUCCAUCCCUUCUGCCCCUCUCACGGUGUGCCAGAGCCUAGCAACAAGAAGAGAAAGACUGAGGCCAAACAAGAGGAGGCUGACCCAGACUACACCCCAUUUGGCAAACGUCGCAAGUCAGGGCGCAGAGAAACCAGUGGACCUGGGCGUGACACGCCAACGCCGAAAAUACCACGCUCACGCUCACGCCAUGGGAACGACCAAGUGGACCAAGGCCUCACAAUAACGCCUUCGAACGUGGCAAGACACCAGAGCACAAGACGUAGAUGGACCAUUGGCGACUUCGUUGCAAAUCGGACCCCUCGCUUCGCAUUACCCCUUGAGCGUUCCAUACCUCCAAAUGCACCUUCUGUGCUUCUCCCAGGCUAUACAUUCGAAGAGGCCAGGAAUUUCCUCGCUGGCUCCUCCAAUAUUGGGAAAGAAAACACCAAGAAAAGCUGGACCCCUACCUCUCGUUUCAUCUUCCUGCGCAAAAAGGUCGAGCAGGCAGGUUGGAUGCGCUUUGACUUUCUGGGUAACAACUGGAAAGAUUUCCGCUUCAAGGUAUAUUGCGAGCUCUUGGUGGCAAAAAAUGGGUCCGUCAGUUUCGCCGAUCCAGCAUUGACGUAUCCCGAGGCCGAAGGGCAUGGCAUCGAUGCUUCGAUCCUGCGGACCAACAGACAGAUCUAUCGGGAAGCCAGCACAGUCCUUUAUGGCAAGAACAAGUUUGUCGCCACUGACGUUGCUCGUCUCUUCCGACCAAAUGGGCUAACGAGCCUCCGACGCCGAACCACAACGCUCAUCGAGCACAUUUCGUUUGAAAAGAGUGGGAAUGCGGCCGAGUUGUGUCAGGAGUCUCCUGAAAGCAUAUUACAACCGAUAUGGAACAUGAUAGUUCAAUACCCUGCGUUCUUGAAACUUAGGAAACUCAGCUUGCGUCGUGAAGUCGUUCGACCCGGCGAUUGCAACCUUCUCGACAUGCAGACCUACUUUGACAAGACAACGGAUGUGACAGUCAGUGCUCGACGGAUAUUCAACAAGAAAGACAUCAUCGUACACACCGCAGCGAAGCUUGCCGCGUCGGCUGCGUUGAGGGACUCAGGGUUUGAUGCGUUGCAUAUCGUUCAAGAUUCCUCCCCAGAUAUGCCCGGACUGCCGGGAAUGCUCAAGUGCGUGAUCGAGAUUUGCCUUUCUAGAGGACAGGAGGAAGCCCAGAACAAGAAUUCGGUGAAGCUCGAUCUACACAGCACCAUCAUGACGGCCCUGGAGGUUGAAAGGGAUGGAGGAUUUCCAGGCGCGGAUAGGCUUCACGACAAGUAUGUCGACAAAUUUGAACCUCGCUCCAUGGCGUGGUGA